AGAAAAAGCAAUGGGAUCAUCAUCAUCAAUCCAAAAGCGAACUCGCUGUCCAUUACCAAUGGACCACUUCAAACCAUAAAUGGUGAUUAAUGUAAGUACACAACACAACCUUCACUGUCAAAAAUGGUGUCACAAUUGUAGCUAAGACCAUCUUUAUCUUAUCUUAAAGUUGUUUAACGACCUCCACUAAAGCCAUUGAUAAGGCGAGCUUCUUAAGCUUCAGUUCUUGCUCCAAAAUAAACACGAAAAUGGAUCAAUCCAGAGCCGAAAGCCUCAUCCUCGUAUCCCACGAUCCAAAGGGCGUGGCUAUCAUCACAAUCAACCGUCCCAAGUCCCUCAAUUCAUUAACCAGGUCCAUGAUGGUCCAUUUGGCCCAUGAAAUCAAGGCUCUGGAUAUUGACGACUCGGUGCGGGUCAUCAUUCUAACCGGAACUGGUAGGGCGUUCUGCUCUGGCGUCGAUCUGACUGCAGCGGAGGACGUCUUUAAAGGAGACGUGACGGAUAUGGAAUCCGACCCCGUCGAGCAGAUGGAGCGGUGCAAAAAGCCCAUAAUCGGAGCUAUUAACGGGUUUGCAGUUACUGCCGGAUUUAAAAUUGCCGUAGCAUGCGAUAUUCUGGUAGCUGCUAAGGGAGCCAAGUUUAUAGAUACUCAUUCUAGGUUUGGGGUGUUUCCUUAUUGGGGAUUUUCUCAAAAGCUUCCACGGAUAAUAGGACCUGGAAGGGCGCGAGAGGCAUCACUAACUGCCAUGCCAAUAACCGCGGAACAGGCUGAGAAAUGGGGAUUGGUUAAUCAUGUUGUUGAAGAGAGUGAAUUGUUAAAGAAAUGUCGUGAAAUUGCAAAGGCUAUUAUAAAAAAUAAUCAAGAAUUGGUGUUGCGAUACAAAGCUGCCAUUAACGAUGGGUUGAAGCUGGACUCGAGUCAUGCUCUUUCUUUAGAAAAGGAUAGGGCACACGAUUACUAUAAUGGAAUGACAAAGGAGCAGUUUAAGAAGAUGCAGGAGUUCAUAGCUGUUCGUCGUGCAAAGAACCCUUCUUCUAAAUUAUAGAUUUUUUCUUUUUAUUGGCAAGCAGGAAUGGAAAUGACCCGACAGAAGAACGUGUGACUUAGAAAUAUUCAGAAAUAAACAGCAUAAUGUGUGUAGCAACUAAUUUCCACGACAAAUUUGCUCCAUUAGUAAAUAAGAACAAGAUUUUACGCAGCUGCUAA